CUCUCGGUUCGAGCCGCAGUCGUAGUCUCGCUCGCUCGUCGCCCCUUCGGCCUCCGGCCUCGCGCAGUGGCAAAGAACGCGUUCAAAGCGUGUGUUCGACUUUCUGGUAGCGACAAACGCUACAGCGUGUCUUUAAUCAUUGAUGCAAAAGUUCCACGAUGGUUGAUCACAACGAAAAAAUAUUACAGGAAUUGCUAAAGAAACCCGGAAAUCAAGUGUGUGCAGAUUGUGGAGCCGAGGAUCCAGACUGGGCAUCAUACAACCUCGGUAUCUUUAUAUGCAUGCGAUGUGCCAGCAUACAUCGUGGUAUGGGCGCUCAUAUUAGUAAGGUCAAACACUUGGAGCUCGACCGAUGGGAGGAUUCACAAGUUCAUCGUAUGAAGGAAGUUGGUAAUGUUGCAGCUAGGAACAAGUAUGAGGAUCGUGUACCGCCCUGCUACAGACGACCCGCUAAGAGUGAUCCUCAGGUACUCAUAGAGCAGUGGAUUCGCGCUAAAUACGAGCGAGAAGAAUUUUGCCAUCCAGAGCGCCAAAGCUACCUCUCUGGCUCCAUGGAAGGUUUUCUAAUGAAGAGGGGAAAGGAAGACAGUAGAUAUCAACUAAGGAAGUUUGUUCUAAAUGAAAACGAGGAUACUUUAAAGUACCACGUAAAAGAGAACAAGGAACCAAAGGGCAUCCUAAAGUUGUCUGAACUUAACGUUUCUUUCGCCCCAGCGAAGAUUGGUCACAUGAAUUCUAUGCAGCUCACAUUUAUGAAGGAUGGCUCAACUCGACACAUCUAUGUGUACCAUGAGGAUGCCGAAGUAAUUAAUUGCUGGUAUACAGCCAUACGAUGCGCUAAACUCCACCUUUUACAAGUGGCUUUUCCCUCAACACCACAAUCAGACCUACUCCUACGUCUACCAAAAGACUUUGCUCGUGAAGGCUGGCUUUGGAAGACGGGACCCAGGGCAUCAGAUGUCCACAGAAGAAGAUGGUUCACGUUGGACAACAGAAAAUUGAUGUACCACGACGAACCACUAGACGCCUACCCAAAGGGAGAGAUAUUUAUCGGUCACGAGUCAACUGGGUACCACAUCAAAGUAUCGAACACAGGCAACGGUUGUAAAGAGGCGAGGUUUCCCUUCUAUCUGGUGACUCCAGAGAGGACAUUCUGCCUUGCUGCAGCUACUCAUGAGGACCGAGCUGGCUGGUUAACGGUUAUCCAGCAUACGCUUAAACGACCCCUCACACCUCAGGAUUCUACCAUUGAGGCAACACUUGUAAGAAAAAGGACGACAUCGAACUCUAUCAGCAUAUUUUCGGGAAGGUAGUUAUGUUGUACGAAACUUAAUAUAAGCAAUACUUUAGUGGUUGUAGACAGCCGGAAUAAUUAAGCAAUAAUUUGAUAUAUAAAAUAUAUAUGUUUCUGGCAACUUUUCAACAGUGAUUUAGAUGUCGUACGACAGAUUAUAUUAGUCGUAUCUAUAAGACUUAUCAACUUAUUUUUCAAUUUACGUGAUAACAUAUUUAUUCCGGUAUUGUUUUUACAUUUGUAUAUAAUUUCGCAGUAUGAAUUUAUAAUGUUUAUAUUAAUUUAUAAUGAAAUAUUCUAAAUUAUUUUAUGUGUAAUUUAGUGACGGACUGAAUCUUUUGAGUUUUAUGUAUGGUUUGUAUAGUUAUUAUUUAGAUUUACAGAUUAAAUAUGAUUCGUUUUACUAUAUUGUACUUGGAAAUGUCAAUAGUAUAUACAUAAUAACUUGUAUAAUUAUGUAAUAGCAAAAUAAUCAUGGUUUGAUUUUGUACAUUAAGUACAUACUCCAGUUUGACGGUUAUGUUAAUUUUUAAUCUAAAAAAGUAUCCUUGUCGUAUUCUUCAAUUUUGAAAUAUUUUUUUAGUUUUGAAACUGUACAACCCUUUUUAACAACGCACAAAAACAUUUCUCCGAAAUUAAUCUCGACAUUUCUAAAUGGCAGCUACAUAUAAAGUAUAGUGAAACGAAAACAGAAAAAUUAUGGUUAAAAUUCCUUUAACAUAUUUUUGUCAAAGUAUAACAGGGCUAUUUUCUAUCUCAGUGAUUAAGAGACUUACAAUUGUAUGUAGAAAUAAUGUAGGUUUUAACAAUAACGCCAUCUUAUAGCACUAUUGUUAAUGACGUUAUUGGCUUAUUGCGAUAUUUAGUAUAAUAUAAAGAUAUUAUACUUUGCACACUUUAUAUUGUUUUGCUAUAUAGUUCAAAAACCUAUGGUUUGAUUGUGUCGUUCUAGCUUCACACUACAUCGUAGUUCGGCACAUGACAAUACAGACAUCGUUAUUCAGUAUAUUAUGUUCGCAAAAAGUUUUCAACUGAGAUACAAAAUAGCCCUGUUCAUAAACCGAACCGAAACGGAGAGCGUAUUCUUCAUUCCUUGAUUUUAUUAUACAUCACCACCAAAUACGGUUUACGAAAUUAUACUUACGAUUAAGGUUUAUUAAUCAAUUUCCAUAGAGGUAACCACAGACAAAAAUAGUAUCAAGAAUCGUAUCGUAUUAUGAUAAAAUAUAGUGAUACGAUAUGCAUUAAACUGUUACUAUCAGUUAC